AUGAGCCGAGAUGAAGAUAGCAAUAUCCCCGCGUCUGCAAAACAACUAGCUCCCUACCUGCGACCUCGGCAGGACGCUCUCCGCAUUCGCCAGGCGUUGACUCUCUACUUGCAAUCGCACAUUGUCCCGACUGACGGCCAUGACGACAAUAGUGAUUUUCCCGCUUCGCACCUCGCACUUGUCGUUCCGAACCAUGCGAGCGUCAAUGUUAAACGGAUCCCUCCCGAGGUUACUGGUGUAAGAAAGGAAUACUUGAAAGCGCUUCAAGAGAAUAUUGCUGUGAGACGUGAAUACAAUGACCUGGUCGAUCGGAUUACAUCUAGACGGGCCAAAAAUCAAUCAGCGCUGAACGAUUAUUUAGCUCUCCUCCGGGAACGUCGCCGAUACGAGAAAUUGCAGGUAUUCGAUAUCCACUUGAAGGAAUGGACUGCGACAUCUGAACCACCAACCGGGCAGAGCGACUCGACUCGUAUCGAUCUGGACGGGCUACUAAGAGAAAAGGCAGACGGACCGACAGAUGGCGCCGGUAAUAAUGUUCAAGAAUUGAUAUCAAAACUGGAGAAAACUGUGGUUCGAGCCAAGGAGAAGCUCGCUAGAGAACAAUAUCUGCUUAAGCAAUUACAAGAUCGACAGGCGACACGACUUGCCGAUAGCGAUGUCGGUGACAACAAGAUUCGCGCGCUGCAGAGGACCCGUGAUGAACUUGUCCAGUGGGUGGAGGAUAAGCUAGCUAUCACGGGUACGGAAGACGAUACGAACCAACUACAGCACGGAGAGUGCACAACAAGCAGCACCGAAACGUCGCAGCUCGCAGCUGCAGAAUAUAAAGCACGAAUUCGGGCACAGUAUACAGCAUACAUUGCAGCGCGCAAGACGUUGCUCGAGGCAGUAUCGGCUUUGUCUCAACCGUCUAGAAGCGCAGCCACGAAUCUACCAGCGAUUAAGCCUGCAGAAGCCCCGGUUACAAACGAGACAGAGGAAUGGGGUUCGAUUGACGUAUUUCGGACCGUGUCGGAGCACAUUCUACCCGCGACCAAAUAUCAAAAAUCACUGGCUUUACAACGAUCAUACUUGGCUGGGAUGCUGACAAAGGAGAGAACCAAUUUCAAACAUACUUUGGAUCGAUUGAGUCAGGAAAGCCAUUUGUUGCCUGAGUAUCCUCUUCUAGCGCGCCACUCGAAAUUCAGACAUAUCACGCCUACUUCGAGUGGAUUACGACAGGAGAAGGGAGGCAAGCCGCGGGAUGAUGUCUUGGAACGUGCUGAGGCGUGGGCGUUCGCCGCUGAAGCUGCGAGGUCUAAUGAAAGUGAUUACAUACAACAGAGAAUCGAGCACGGAGCCGAAAUGGCAGAUAUGGCUUCCGAGAUGCUACAGCAAAUCUAUGAUUUAUUGCAUCAGGAGCGGAGGGCGACUACCGAGGACAAGGAUUAUACGGAUGCCCACCAAGAGAGUGAUAUUUGGACGGCGGAAGUUCAACCUCGUAAAGUCAGAGCGAAGCGGAGUGAGCAAACACACCAAAAGAAAGGACCAUGGUCUGCACUUGAUGGACGGGUUGGAAUUGAAUAGCGCGUUUGUGAGCUUAAAGAAAUAGAUAUUCACGGGGGUGGAUAUAGAGAUACGGAUCAAAAGUGGGACACACAUUCCGAUGACACUGGCUGGAACCACUCAGUGACUCACUACUCCAGAUUAAUAUUUCUUGUAGUAACGCCAUUACAUUAUUGUGAAUAGGACCGCGGGGAAAUUAUCAGCUUGCGAGCAUGGCCAUACCAGUAUACUUGAAUAUACGUACUCAUGUAACUAUGUAGUAUGUCGGGGGUUAGUCAUAUCAAGGAGCCUUCAAAAACCCAAUUGAACAAAGAUCUCCCACGAUUGCCCAAGAAAAGAUUAAAAAGCCCACAUUGAAACGCAUAGCCCAAGCCAACUCGUCAUCGAAGCUUUGAGUCAUA